GCUGCGGGCGGCGCUGCGCAGCCUGGAGGCCGAGCCCGACUCGGAGCUGGCCUGGGCGGUGGUGACGAGCGCGCCGGCCGCCGCCCGGCUCGGCCUCCGCCACGUCGGCGGCCUGGCCGUCUUUAACUGGAACGGCACCACGGUUCUGAAGGCCCCGGCGACGGGCGCGCUGUCGGCGGAGAUGAUGCAAAACUACGUGUGGUCUCGGCGCCGCGAGAUGGCGGGCUGGCUGGAGCUGCCCGCGCACAAGUCUACCCUGCUGCAGACGGUGACGGCGGCGGGGCCGGCGCUGCUAGUGCUGGGCCGGCGCUGGCCACUGGCGCCCGCCGCCGACCUUGCCGCCACGGCACCCGUUCGCCGCAUGUGGCUUGAAUACAACAACUGUAACCGCUCCGAAGCGGUGGUCAACCUUGGCGAUCGGAUCGCCAGUACGUUAGCAGUGCUGCGGCCGGUGGAGCGCGCUGGCGUCGCCUCGUGCCGGCGGGCCGCCGCCGCCGACCUCGGCGACGCACCCUGGCCGGCCCAACAGCCGGACACCGGCCAGCCGCAUGGGGACAUCCUCGGACAUCCGGACGUCAGGCUGCGGGAGAUGGUGCAGCAGCAGGCGCGGGCGCGCUGCGGGGCGCUGCUGCUGGCCGAGGACGCCGGCCCGGCGGCGGCGGAUGAGGAGGAGGCGCAGCCGGAAGAGCCGGUGCAGCCGCCGUCUGUGGCCAACUUUACAGGACUGCGCUGCGCCACGAACCGCACGCUGAGCGUGUACCUGCUGGACGGCCGGCGGCACGCGGCGCUCGUGCGCCGGCUCGGCCUGGCGCCCGACCGGCCCGGCGCCCUCAUCCUGGACGUGCAGACGUGUGCUCCAUCGUUGUGA